CCGGAAGUGUCGCCAUUAGAAAAAGAUUUUUCAUUUUUCGUGUUUCAGCAAGUCAUCAAUUUUGUGUGAUUGUUAAUUAAUGAUCAUUUUGUCAACUGUGUGACCCAAGAUGGAGGAUGAAGAUGACAAACCAUUUGUGUGUUCUGCACCUGCUUGUGGACAGAAAUUCACUAAUGAAGACCAUCUUGCUGUUCACAUGAGGAAACAUGAGAUGUCUUUAGCCCUGAACAUGGGUACAGGCCUUACCCCAGGCUCGGGAAGGUCACCACUCUCUGGUCUUAUGCCUCCAGGUCUAUUUUUAGAUCAAACCCCCACACCAACAAAAUUCCUGAAGAACUGCGAAGAGAUAGGGUUGUUUAAUGAACUAAAAAAUCCAUUUGAGGAGGCAUUUAAAAAGGCAUUGGAUACGGAACCUCAAACUGAUACCUCUAGUGCUGCUGUCCUCCCAGGUCCAGACUCCAAUGAGCUCAACACCCCAGUCCCUCCCAUCCCCCGUACAGUGGAGGAUCUAUCCAGUGAUAAAAAUAAAUCAUGUGAAACGUCUACAAAAACAGAUCUGACCUCUCUAGUGCUAAAUAGACUGAAGAGAGAGAGGGUGUCAACCGGACCAACAUCUACCACCGUGUCAGAUGACGAUGUUGUGAUAAUAUCAUCAGGGGCGUCCAAGGAGAAAAUCAGUAAACUGGUUCCCACAGUUCUGAACAUUCCCAGUCAGAUGGAGGCUGAAAGUUCCGUUCCCUCGAGUCGCAGUUUUACGUUAGUCACAGCCGCUCAGUCUACCACUGUAUCUCCUCCACGUUCCUCUGAGGUGCAGGCACCAACCAUAUCAACCCCACCCCAGAACACCAUGCAGGUCUUCCUACAGCUCCCCAAUGGCCAGACAGUCCCCGUUCAAAUACCAGCCAACACCCCUGGAGGAUUCCAGGUUGUUCAACCAAGCAUAAUGACCAGCCGAGUGGAACAGGCAGCCAUAAACACAGCUAUACAACCUCAGACUGUUAUAUUGCCAGCUCAGACAGUGGCAUCAGCACAGUCCCAGUCCAACCUCACCAAACAGAGAUUAAAAGCAGCAAUCCAGUCACAGACUAUUCCCUCUCCAGUCACCAAGCACUCCCCACAGGGAUAUACCACAAUCCAGAUAUCCCCGGGGGUCAGACAGUCAACCCCUCCCAUCAGCUUACAGAUAUCUCCAGAGGUUACACCAGGGAUUCCAAAUAUCUCUGGCGUUGAGGCCAUUUCACCGCAGUCCUUUGACAGCAUUAAAUCAGAAUUGCCCUCGCCUGGGGCAGCAGAUUCCACUGUUAACAUUAAGCGACCAAGAACAGACGAUGAUGAUGGAGAUGACAGGAGAAAGAAGUUUCUGGAGAGAAAUCGUGCCGCGGCUGCUCGCUGUCGACAGAAGAGAAAGAACUGGAUCACCAAUCUGGAGAAAAAGGGAGAUGAGCUCCAGACUACAAACAACAAACUUCAGAGUGAAGUCAAUUCGCUGCGAGCUGAAGUAGCACAGUUGAAGACCUUGCUCCUGGCACACAAAGAUUGUCCAGUGACAGUGCAGCAAAGAUCACAAGGACAACUCCCAUUGUCUUUAGCAUUGACAGAUCAGGUAGUCACAGCUACCCAAGCAACCUCUGUGGCCCAUAACGUGACAGAGCUAACAGGAGCCACCUCCACUGCCCCCAAGGAACUGAUAGAGUCACUGACCAGUGCAGGACUUAUACCAGGGGCUAUAGUCAAGACAGUGGACUCAGGCUUGAUCACCACUCAGAUUGUUGGGCAACCGGCCUCUGUGCCACAACCCACCACCAUAACUCUAAACCAUCCGGUGCUGACCGGAAAUAACCAGAAGAUCUACACCAUUAUUCCAAAAGUGAUCAAAACUGAGUCACCACAGCUGAAAAAAUAACCCUGGUACAUCAGUAGGUUUUCUACUGAUGGUAAAAAAAAAAACUUAUUUAGACACCAAUCAGUCAUGUCAUUGAUGAGUGAAUGAGAAAGAGCGUUAAUUUGUUAAACUUUGUAAAAAUUUAAAAGUUUGUUUAUAGAUAUUUUGCCUCAUGUUUACAAGCAUGGUUAUUGAUUUUAAAGAUAGGAGAGUAAUAGCAUUUUUUUAUUUGGAAUGUGUGAUAUUCAUGC